ACAGGUGGGACAGUCGGGCUAUAAAAAGUUCUGUUGCGUGUUACUGGAAUAUGUCAAACAAUUUCCAAGAGUAACUGAACCACCCGGUACCACUAGACGGAUAUGUUUUACGUUUUAUAAAGUUAGUCACAUUCUGACAUGCGCUGAAAAGUUGUAUCGAGGCUGCAGUGCCAGCGGGUAAUAAGUGCAACAGGGAAGUGACCAGGAACACAGAAUUACUGCUCUAUGAACGCCCUUCAGCCCAUGAAUCACAUUUUCCAUCCGAAUACUGACUUCAGACUUCAGACUGGGCCUCCUUCCAACGCAACUUUUUUUUUUUUCCCUCUGCCGACAGAAGCAGUGGAAAGUCGCCUUCCUGAGCACAGACGUGACUUUACUCCGACACGUUUUGGAAGUGGAAGACUAGUGUACUAUUGUGGUCUUUUUCCAAAGUAGGCCAGGGAUUACGCUUUUUAAAAUAACUUUGCUUGUUCUUGUUAUGGUGUACUUGUGGAAAACUAUUCGAGACGUCGCCGCCAUCGGGGUCUUUUAUUGACCCAAACGUCAUGGAUCUCCAGGUGAUUGUUUGGCUCAUUUACUGCUUUGUUCUGCCAGUCGUCUUGUUAACAGCUUGUCUUCUUCGCUACAACGUACUGUCACUGGUUUACUUUAUUUACCUCCUGUUGCUGCCGUGGUUUCUGUGUCCCAACAAACACACCAUCAGAGGUCAUACAGGACAUUUCAUCAGAGCAGUAUUCUGUACCAGUCUACUGUUUAUACUGGGCCAUAUCUGCUUCCAGACAGUGUUAUACACCUACCCUCCUCUAAACAUUGCCAUUGGUGAUAACUGUUCACAAGUGGACAUCAUAACCAGGCAUAUAGGAUUGUCCAGGCUUCCAUUGGAGGAUCCUUGGAAUAUCUUGCGCCUUUUGUGUCCAGACCUGGUGGUGUGUGGGGUUGCCUUGUUAACCAUAAUCCUAUGCAGAAGACUUGUCACAAACAGAGUAAUGCUGGCUGCACCCAACAUUACAACAACAGAUGACGAGGCAACAGAAGAUGAAGAGGAAAAAGAAGAAUCAGAGGAUGAGGAUGAAGUAGAGUCAUUUCCUGGUGACCACACUCAGGGCUUUUCAACUACAACAUUAGCCAAGCAGCUAGCUGAGCGUCUGAAGGCUGAAGUCCGUAAAGUGCUGCUGGACCUGGGGAGGAUCUUUGCCAUUAGCCUGCUUGCCUUGGCUGGAAUCACAUUGCCCUCUGCUUUCUCAGCUAUUUACUUCCUGCUUUUCAUCGGUGUCAGCACAUGGUGGGCGUGUCACCUUCCAAUUAGUCAUCUUGGUUUCAAUGCUCUGUGUGUGAUGGUGGGCUUCUUCACGGCUGGCCACAUUGUUUGUCUAUACUUAUACCAGUGUCUCCUGGCCCAGGCUCUUUUCCCCCCAAACAGUCUGUGGGCGAGAGUCUUUGGUCUGAAGGACAUUAUCAAGCCAAACUGCUCUUCACUGGAUGAUUUCAAUCUUAACGCUGAGUAUGACUGGCCGGUUUACGUCAAUCCAGGAAUACUUUUCCUUCUCUACAUUACCUCAGCAACAGUCCUGAAGACAGGUCAUGGAACACCUAACCAGGAAGAAGAGAAACAGCUGCCCAAAAAUGCACAUGUGCUGGAAGAGGAGAUGGUAGAGUUAAGCUCAUGGAAUCAAAAGAGGGACAACUGUGAAAAUGAAACCCAGCGUAUGCUCUUGUGUGUGGAAAGUGAACUCACAAGAGAAAGAAAUGAAACGGUGGCUGAAGGAAGUCCACCAGAACUUGGUUUUGGUCAUGCCAGUGGUGGCCAACAAGCUGAAAGUCCAUUUUUAAUUCUGGGAAAGGUGGUGUUGCAACAGAGCUAUGUCUGCGCCCUGAUAGCAAUGAUGGUUUGGAGCAUCACGUACCACAGCUGGCUGACAUUUGUCUUGCUGCUGUGGGCUUGUCUCAUCUGGAUUCUGCGUGCCAGACGACAUGCAGCCAUGCUGUGCUCUCCGUUUAUCUUGGUUUAUGGUGUGGCACUGUGUUGUCUGCAGUAUAUAUGGGCCAUGGAACUUGACCCUGAACUGCCUACCACUAUGGGAACCAUGAGUCUCAGACAACUAGGGCUGGAUAAAGCGCAGUACCCCUGUCUGAGACUGGGAGCUAUGCUCCUGUUCACCUCAACCUUUUGGCUUUUAGUACGUCAGUCAGUGAAGGAAAACUUCAGCAUGAGGAGAAAAAUGGCCACACCCUUGCAAGAAGUCACCACAACAGAGAUGGAUUCCUCACAUGAAUCAGCGCUGAAGGUCCUGGGAGGCAUGGUGCUGAGUUGCUAUGCCAAAUAUUGGAUCUACGUGUGUGGCGGGAUGUUCCUCAUGGUCUCUUUUGUGGGAAAACUUGUUGGAUACAAGCUCAUCUACAUGCUGCUUUUCCUGCUCUGCCUCUGUAUAUAUCAGGUGUACUAUUCUGUCUGGAGGCGUCUUUUGAAGAUGUUCUGGUGGCUUGUUGUAGCCUACACCAUGCUGGUGCUGAUUUCCAUCUACACGUACCAGUUUGAAGACUUCCCUAUUUAUUGGAGGAAUUUUACUGGUUUAAAAGAACAACAGCUGGCAGCGAUUGGUCUGGAGACAUUUGCCCUCUCAGAGCUGUUCAUUAGCAUUCUGAUCCCUGGAUUCUUCUUGUUGGCCUGUAUUCUACAGCUGCACUAUUUCCACAAACCCUUCAUGAGAAUCACUGACCCUGAAUAUGUUUCGCCAAUACGCAGGAAAAGCAGCUUUGAGCAGGCUGGCUCAGGUCAUGUUGGAAUGGACUCUGAAGUGGACGUGGUAACAAACAUAGACGAUGACUCUGCAGAUAAAGAGAAGCUGAUGCCUAGCAAGUGGGGCCUGGUGAUGGACAGGUUACUGGUCCUGUUCAGAAAGUUCUCAGACAUUCUCACAAGAGGUCAAGUCUUUCUCUGGAGGCUUCUGGAGAUUCACAUCCUUAAGAUGGUGGCCUUCUACUCUGUGUGGGUUGCGCUUGAAGAGCCAUCUGUGCUCAACCUGGUCCUGGUGGUGCUGUGGUCUUUGGCAAUGCCUUUCAGUGGCUUCAGACCAAUGGCUUCCAGUCUGUCAACAGUGUGGGUGUGUGUCAUCAUCAUGUGUAAGAUGCUCUACCAGCUAAGUGUUGUCAGCCCUCCCGAGUACUCCAGCAACUGCAGCCUACCUCUACACAAUGAAACCAACCUGUCACAAGGGGAAAUAAGGAAUUCUUCCCUGUAUAGGGAACCAGUGGAUCCAGCCAGGUGGUUUGGCAUCAGGAAGGAAGCUACUGUGCUGGACUACAGCAAGAGCCACUUAGUCGUGCUGCUAUUGUUGGUGUUUGAGGCCACAGUGUAUCGUCAUCAGGCUCACCACUAUCGUCAGCUCCAACAAUCUCCCCCGAACAUACCUGUCCUGUUCACAGACGCCACCAGGGACACUUUAGACAAAGGCCUCAUACCGUGCUUCAAGUACCUGCUCAACUACACUUUCUACAAGUUUGGAUUGGAGAUCUGCUUCCUGAUGAUUGUGAAUGUGAUUGGCCAACGAAUGAACUUUCUGGUCAUCCUCCAUGGUUGUUGGUUGGUCGCCAUUUUAGUGAGACGACGUCGAUCAAAAAUUGCAAGGAUAUGGCCAAAAUAUUGUCUCUUUCUGGCCAUCUUCAUGAUCUAUCAGUAUUUACUGUGUGUGGGUAUACCACCUGCUCUCUGUAAAGAUUACCCAUGGCGGUGGAACACCCCAGUUUUAAUGAACUCUGCGCUCAUUAAAUGGCUUUAUCUGCCAGACUUCUACACAGUCCCUAACUCCAAAAACCUGAUAGUGGACUUCGUGCUGCUGAUAUGCGCAUCCCAGCAGUGGAAAGUGUUUGAGUGUGAGCACAUGGAGGAGUGGAUGGUUCUGGCAGGAGACAAUACAGACAGCCCUGAUCCAAUGGAAGGACGACUGUUUAACCCUGCAUCCAACUUCAUCAACUGCAGGAGUUACCUGGACAUGGCUAAAGUUUUCGUGUUUCGCCACCUAUUCUGGUUUGUCCUCUCAGUGGUCUUCAUCACCGGGGCUAUGCGUGUCUCUGUAUUUGGACUGGGAUACCUUCUCUCCUGUUUCUUUUUUUUGCUUUUUGGUACCCAGUUAUUUGUGAAACCAUCCACGACACGCCUUGCCAUGUGGGAUUGUCUCAUCAUCUAUAAUGUGGCAGUCAUCAUAUCAAAAAAUAUUCUAUCAAUUCUGGCAUGUGUGUUUGUUUUGGAGAUGCAGAAGGGCUUUUGUUGGAUGAUCCAGCUCUUCAGUUUAGUUUGCACAGUCAAAGGAUACUAUGAUCCAAACACAGUUAGUGAUAAGAGCUGCAGCCUCCCAGUAGAGGAAGCUGGGAUCAUCUGGGACAGUAUUUGUUUUCUCUUCCUGUUGCUGCAGAGAAGGGUCUUCCUCAGUUUCUAUUUCAUUCACGUCGUUGAGGAAUUGCAGGCAUUUGCUAAACAGGCAUCAAGGGGGUGUGAGCUCUUCAAAGCCACUAUAAUGAAAAACAUUAAAUUACACCAACAGGCUGAGAUGAAAUCCUUAUCCCAGCUCAAGAGAUCAAUGCACAGAAUUCGCUCCAAACAGCAGAGGUACAGAGAUGGACACAAAAUUCUAGAAGAAGACACCCAGAGUGAAAGUUCGGAAACUAAGACAGAGAAAAAGAGUUCUCAGUCACGGGUGGACCAUGCAACAGUCCUGCACUCAGGAGAGUACUACCUGUUUGAAUCAGAUAGCGAAGGUGAACAUGAACUACUGUCUGAGGAGCAGAAGCCUCAGAAACAGACCGCCUAUCAGUUGGCUUAUCAAGCGUGGGCGACCAAUUUGAAAAGAGCUCUGAGAGAACGUCAGAGAAACCAAAGACAACAGAGAAGACUUGAAAUGAUGGAGGAUGAGAUUGCCACACAAGAGGAGGCUUGCUCUGUAAAAGACGACAACUACGUGUUUGAAGAUCUUCACUUUCAGGAGCUAGAGGAACCAGAGGAGUCUGGUCAUGGAGAGAUUGUUCAGAGGAUCUUAGAUAUUCUAAGUUUUUUAUGGGCCAUCAUACAAGCCAUGAUGGAUGGACUGACCCAGUGGCUUAACCUGCUGACUAAGCAGUAUCGGGAAACGUCUGCAGUUCUGUGCAAUGAACGCUACUUCUUUAUAAAGAAGAUACAGCAACCUCACACGACAGCAGACUCUUUGGCCGACCAGUUUUCUCAAGGAAGUGGGAGUUCUCAUUUGAGUCAAACUGAUACAGAUUUCUCUACACCUUACAGCUGCUUGGAGGAUAGCCAGGUUGUAGAGGGAUUGUCUCCCCCCAGACCAAGGCUCAGCAGCACUGCAAACCUCCUGAAUCCCGAACUCCUACUCGGAAGCAGUGACCAGACACCUGAGCAAUCCAUCCAACAACACAGACACUCCAGAACAGCCAGUGAGGUGCUGGGAGACAGGUACAUCCUCAUUGAAGAGCUGGAACAAAGCAGAAUGUUCUACAGCAAUCAAAACCGUGUGCUGAAGCUGCUCUUCGCCACACACAGUCUGUUGGCAGCCUACUCGGAGCUAGUUUGUUAUUUCAUCAUCAUCUUGAAUAAUGUGGUCAGUGCCUCUGUGAUAUCGCUGGUCCUGCCCAUUAUGAUCUUUCUAUGGGCUAUGUUGACUGUUCCAAGACCAACCAAAAGAUUUUGGAUGACUGCCAUUGUCUACACAGAGGUGAUGGUGGUGGUAAAAUACCUCUUUCAGUUUGGAUUUUUUCCUUGGAACAGUGUUUAUGAGAUGACUUUGAAUGAAGACAAGCCUUUCUUUCCACCUCGCAUCCUGGGUCUGGAGAAGACAGACACCUACAUAAGAUAUGACCUCCUUCAGUUGCUGGCUUUGUUCUUCCAUAGAUCUUUGCUCAUGCGUUAUGGCUUGUGGGACCACAAAGACCCCUUGGAGGAACAAAGUAACUCUUCAGAGAAUAACAAGGAGAGAGAAGACAAAAACCAAGUGUGUAGGUUAAACUCUGUGUCCACCACAGAAAACCUAACUAUUACUGACCUGGAACAACUUGAAAAGGUUAAUGUGAACGAUGUUGGAAUAAGCACUUGCGAUAUCACCACACAACUCCUUUCAGCUGACUCAGCAGCAGCCCAGGACGGACAAGAAAUGAUGCCUGGACCGAAUCCUUCCAGUAGCUUGAAAAAGGAUGCAAUGAGUGGGAGCAAGGAGUUCAUAGAGGAAGUCCAGAAGAAAAGUGGCGGCCUCCACCUACGCAAGAAACUGAAAGAGCUUAAAAAACACUAUUCCAAAGUGAAGUCUACUGAGAGCACAUGUUCCAGCAAAGACCAAAUGAAGAAAAAAAAGAGGAAGGACAAGAAGAGAGAAGGAGCCAGCCAUAGACUACAAAUGAUUAGACACAAGUUAAAACAAGCAUUUAUCUAUGGGAUUCAGGGUGUUUACAGGCCCAUUCAAGGUUUCUUCAGUCAUACACUUCAAGCAGACUAUCGGGUUGCCACCGAUGUCUAUGCACUGAUGUUCCUGACUGAUGUCAUCGACUUCAUCAUCAUUGUGUUUGGCUUUUGGGCUUUUGGGAAGCACAGUGCAGCAGCUGAUAUAGCAUCCACCUUGUCAGAAGACCAGGUUCCUGAAGCAUUUCUGGUGAUGCUCCUCAUCCAGUUCAGUACCAUGAUCAUUGACAGAGCACUCUACCUGCGGAAAGCAGUUUUGGGGAAACUCAUUUUCCAGGUGGGUCUUGUGUUUGGAAUACACCUGUGGAUGUUCUUCAUCCUCCCGGCUGUCACUGAAAGGAGGUUCAAUCAGAACUUCGUGGCCCAGCUGUGGUACUUUGUCAAAUGUAUUUACUUUGCCCUGUCAGCAUAUCAGAUCCGCUGUGGAUACCCGACUCGUAUUCUUGGCAACUUCCUCACCAAAAACUACAGCCACCUCAACUUGUUUCUCUUCCAAGGGUUCCGUCUAGUCCCUUUCCUUGUAGAGCUGCGAGCGGUGAUGGACUGGGUUUGGACUGAUACUACUCUGUCUCUUUCCAACUGGAUGUGUGUAGAGGACAUUUAUGCCAAUAUUUUCAUCAUCAAAUGCAGCCGCGAGACAGAGAAGAAAUAUCCACAGCCUAAAGGACAAAAGAAAAAGAAGAUGGUGAAAUAUGGAAUGGGUGGACUCAUCAUCUUCUUCUUAGUGUGCAUCAUCUGGUUUCCCCUGCUCUUCAUUUCAUUGGUCCGGUCUGUGGUGGGUGUGGUAAACCACCCUAUUGAUGUUACUGUUACCGUCAAACUUGGAGGAUAUGAGCCUCUCUUCACCAUGAGUGUCCAGCAGCAGUCAAUUCAGCCCUUUACACAGGAAGAAUAUCAUGAACUUACCAAAAAGUUUGGAAACAAUGCGGUAGCCAUGCAGUUCAUUUCCCUCUAUGGUUGUGAGGACAUUGUCACGGCCAUGAUUGAGGGCAGUUCAGGAUCAGUGUGGAGAAUAAGCCCUCCCAGCAGACAGGAAGUUAUUAAAGAACUUCUUGAAAGCCCUGCUGACCUAACAUUACGUAUGUCGUGGAAUUUCCAAAGGGACCUGGGCAAAGGAGGGACUGUGGAGCAUACAUAUGACAAGCAUUCUAUUCACCUGGAGCCAGGGAACCCCGUCAGAGCCAAUCUCGCUUCUCUCCUGGUGGGCAAUCGCACCAAGCCUGUGCAUGUUCCAAAUAUGUUCCCAAAUUACAUCCGUGCCCCCAAUGGAGCAGAGGCCAAACCAGUCAAUCAACUAUAUGAAGGAAACGAAGGAGGGUACCAGAAUAUAACCCUUUUCUUGAUGAGUGACAAGUCGCUGAACUCCAGUGGAAAACAGGAGUGGUGGGACAUCGCCAUUGGCGGCUGUGACCCUUCUUCAUGUGGAGUUCUGUCCAUGGUCAUAUUCAAUGACAAAGUCAGUCCACCCAGCCUUGGCUUCCUUGCUGGAUAUGGGAUCAUGGGUUUGUAUGUGUCUGUGGUCCUCGUCAUCGGGAAGUUUGUCAGAGGCUUCUUCAGUGAGAUCUCCCACUCCAUCAUGUUUGAGGAGCUUCCCUGUGUGGACCGCAUACUGAAGCUCUGCAUGGACAUCUUCCUGGUGCGUGAAACUGGAGAGCUGGAGCUGGAAGAAGAGCUUUAUUCAAAACUCAUCUUCCUCUAUCGGUCACCAGAAACCAUGAUCAAAUGGACCAGGGACAUCCGCAGCCAAGACAGACACUGACCAGCUGACUGGUUGUCACUGAAAAUAUUGUCUUACCCAGUCGAGGUCUGGGAGAACACUGCAACAAUCGUCAUGGAACUCCACUUACGCGCGUGAAGAUCAAAGAAUGUUCAGUAUUAUUACCUGUACACGUGUUGGACAUACGAAGGUCAACAUCGCUUCUUAUUCUUCAGACCACACUGCUUCAUGCUGUACUUGUAGGUCUUUACAGACCCAUGACAAUUAGGGAUGCUCCGAUUCCCAUAAUCCAUGAUUGUAACCGGCCGAUACUGAUCACAAAGAUUAAGUGUAAAUGUUUAAAUGUAUUUAUGAUGACUGCUAUCGGCCCGCGGUGCCGUGUAAGAGGGAAAAGUUAGGACAAUUCCAAGGUCCCUGACUGCUAGGGGCCCAAAAUACUGUUAGGGGUCAGCUGCCAAAACUUUAUUUUUUUUCAUGGGGCCCUAUUGGCGAUAUGAUAUGAAAUAUGGAACCAUAAAAAGACAUAUUGAACUUGCUUUUUCAAAAGAACACUGGUGAAACUUCCAGAGGAUGAGACGCCUUCUUUAAGGAGACUUUGGAUGUGAGAGUACAUUGUUUGAUGGCGUUCUAGCAGGACUUCCUGGUAGCACGUAGGUGGGCUCCAAGUGAAUCAGCAAACCCGGUGUCUUCCAGCGCUGACAGAAGAUUGUCAUCUAGCCGAUGAAUUCAAUUAUUUUUCAGGUUAGACUUGUGCAACGCACAUACGAGCAAGUGUUGUCCAACGUUUUGGCUACAUUAGCUGCCUUUUGACUGCAGAUGCCUCCAAAACUCACCAAAAGGGUCCGUGACAUGAUUCAUCAACUUUAUAUAACUAUAUAACUAUGUCAUUUAAAUUUGAAAAAUGACAUUUAUAGUUCAUGGCGCCAGAAGAGACGCUCACUCACUCAGGUAAACAAACUUAGAGGUGUACGAUACACAGCGAUUACAGUGAUUGAGCCAUGUGUCAAUAGUUUGAGGAGGAUGAGACAUUUGGAGAUGAAAUAGAGAACUUUUAGAACAUUAUUGUGCUUCCUAAUGAGCGUAAAGGGCUUUUAUAGCUUGAUUGAUUUCAUAUUUCGUCACCGUCGCAAACAUCUUUUAUGGCUGUGAAAAGAUGUUUGCAUGCAUGCUUUGCAGCCUCGUCAUUAUGGCGGAACAGUGGUUAAAGACAUUAUGUAACAAGACAAAACUCAAACUUUUGACGUAGUGCUUGCUCUUGUCUUGUUUUUUUCCCCGACAGAAUAGCAUCCUGUUUCAAAGUGCAUUUACUUUCAAGUCAAAUGCUUCUUGUAAAGGUGUUCCUUCAUAGCAGUCAUCAGUGAAAUGAUCACUGCAAAAAAAGAACUCGAGGUGGGCGUCCAUCUGUCUAUCGUUCUCUGCACUUGCUUUGUCCAUUGUUGUCUUAAAGCUUCCUCUUUUGGAAAAGAAAACAAACUUACAGGAUCACUUGGAUACUAUGAACAUCCAGCAGCAACCCGACAUUUUGGCAUGACUACUAUUUUGUUAAAAAAUUAUACGGAAACAUAACAAUAUACUGAACCAAGUGACCAGCUACCUCAAGAAGCGUUUGUUUGCUCUGCUUUAGCCAAUGGCGCCACUUCCGAAAAUGAGGCUGAACAUCGAGAGUUCAUUCAACAUGGCUGGCACCACGAACUAUAAAUGUAUUUUUUGCUAAUUUACCAUUUAUUUUUUUUACGUGCUACCCCUGCGAGACAUUUUUCGUGGCAUGUUUUGCAGGGUGCAAAAUUUAUGUCACUCACACAAACGGCAGGUAAGUUCCACACGGCAGACGUUUGUUUGUUUUAGGUUUGACACUCCUGUGCAGUAUGAAGGAAAGUGGGCAGGGGAUGCUGCAGGCCGCAUUCUGCGAGCCACAGGUGAUCAGCUUCUGUGGUCGGCGUUGAAAGGCAUUUAUCGGCAAAUGCCGAUCACAUGCUUUUUCACAGAAACUGGCUGAUAUUGAUUGGUGGCCGAGCAAUCGGCGCAUCCCCAGAUUUCAAUAAAUGGUGUAUUAAAGCACAUGAAGUCAAAAUCACCUGGUACAGCGAAGACACUCAGUGAGCUGCUAUGACUUUUAACCCCAAACUACAAUAAUGUAAAUGUCAAUAACAGACGAGAUGGAAAUAAACAACCACCUAGUGCUUCCAGAGAAAUGGAAUGAAUGAAUGAGUGUGCACAUGUUUUUUUAGACCCUGGAAGCAAGUUUGAAGCCAUCACUUCCUGCCUGCAGAAGCCUGAACAUGUGUCUUUGACCUCUGUGCGUCCCUCAGAGACAGACACAGUCUUCCCAGGUGUUGUGGGGGUGACGGGGGUGUGUCUCUUGUGGUCUGUGGUCUGGGCACGCAGCCUCUCCUUGGAACCCUGCCAUGGCUGUGGUGCUUGUGGGCCAGAGCACCUAAGGAGUGCCUCUGCAGGACUAAAGUGUUGUGACUGUGCGAGGCGGGGAAGGGGGAUUUGGGUCUCCUGGGCAACGGCGUCGCUUGCGGAGGACAACAUCCCAUCUAGUGCCACGUGUGAUGCGUUCACCUGACUGAUGUGGAUGAUGAAGCCGUUGGAUUCUCAGGAUGGGUGACACCGCCUCUCCGCCGCUGUCUCUCCAAGCUUCGUCACUUUUGCUGAAAAUCGGACUCGAUGGCGGCGCCAUCCAACACGACUCCGUCAAGCUAACUUUGAAGCCACACGCAUAUUUGGAGGAGCUUUUGUAUUCUCCUGAGGGAUAUUUAACAAGAUGGAAUUGUAGAAUUUGAACAGAUCGUGAAUGAUGAUCAUUUGUUUUGUUUUAUUCGUUUUGGUGAGUUUUCCUGCAUUUUCAUCUCACCUACUUGGCGAAGGACCCGUAGAGGCACAUUAUGUAUGUGCAAUAUUGUAAUAUUG